GUCUGAUCGAGCGCCAAAUCUAACGUACUUUCACUUCGUUAAAAGAAUACCACGGCUCAGUUAAACGUGCUGCUUUCUUCAUUGAACACAAGCGUAUGAAAAUUUAUUUGUUCUUGUUGAAUUUUGUGUCGUGAAAAACGGCUGUAACGAUGUUUAAGAUAUUAUUGUUGUCAAGCUUUGUAGGGCUUGUAUUUUGUGACGUGUCCCAUUUGGUGGUUGAAGUUAGCACCGAACCACCUCCACCGAAACCAUAUGCAUUUGGUUAUGCAGCUGGUCGCUUUCCAGGACACAUAGACCGCACCCAUUCCGAAGUUUCGGAUGGUUCCGGAGUUGUGCAAGGUUCGUAUUCGUACGUGGAUCCUCGCCAUCAAAUCCGUACAGUGGAAUAUGUGGCGGACAAAAACGGCUUCCACCCCGUCCUGAACAAAAAUCCACCUCCAUUGCCCAAAGACAGCGCGGCGGUUGCGCAAGCUAAAGAAAAGCAUUUGUUGCAAUACGCUGCGAUUGCAGCCUCUCAUCAGGUGCAACCUAAUUCGGUUUUGGUGCCGGUUGAUUCAGCAGCAGUUCAAUAUGCCAAAAAUAAGCAUCUGAGUUUGUUCCAAAAGAUCGCCGAGGAACACGCCAGGAUUGCUGAAGAACGGAAAGCUUUGGAAUUGGCCGAAGAGGCGCAGAAAAAUGUCCUUUUUUAACAUGUACAUAAGCUGUAAAUUAAAUAAAAUAAAUGUACAGUGAAAA